CGAGGCUGUCACGUGACUUCUACGUCCUUUCCGUUUGCCGCCAUUUGUACAGAAAAGAAUAAUAAAUCGUUAUGGAAUAGCAUUUAUAAUCUAAUAUUUUUUAACAUAACAGUAUAGAUCUGGAACGAUGUCAUCUUCAAGAAGAAGAAAACCACUGGUAACAAGAAAAGUGUUAUCAGAUGAAGAAGAUGAUAUAACCAGUACAAAUGACGAGGACAGUCGUAUGACCAAUGGAGACAGCCAAAAUAAAGAUGAAGAUAUUCCAGAGGACCUUCCUGAAGGUACAGUUGUAGUAGAACCAGAACCAGUGGAAGAGAGUGCCUUUAAAGGUCCAGAAUUCCCAUCAAGCAAAAAGAAAGUCUUAGAGGCUACUGGGUAUUUAGCCACAGUAAACUGUUCAGCUUGUGGAGAUCAGAUCAACACAAGUAAAAAAGGAGAUGCAAGACGUCACCCAGAACUCAGUGUGCUUAUAUGUAAGAGAUGUUACAAGUUCCAUACAAGUGGUGUAAUAAAACAAGAUGAAGAUGGACUUGAUGAAUAUUGCCGCUGGUGUAGUGAAGGUGGCAAUUUGUUUGGUUGUGAUUAUUGUCAUAAUGCAUUUUGUCAAGCUUGUAUCAAACGAAAUCUUGGACGUGCUGAAUUUUCAAAAGUUAAGGAUGCGGAUAAAUUCAAAUGUUAUGUGUGCGAUCCUGCACCACUUGCUGCCAUGGUAGAACAAUGUAAUUCUGUGCUAGAUAUGAUUAACAAAGAAUAUGAAAAGCUCAACGAAUCAUUAAAGAAGAAAAAAGACGCUGAGAAACAAAAAUCAAGUAGUAAAUCAGACAGUAAAGAUAAAACAAAAGAAGAGGAUAAAAGUAAGGCAACAACAAAUAAAUCACUGGUUAUAAAAUUUCCAGGUAUGGGACCAAAAACAUCAACACCAAAGUCUAAAGAGACUUCAGUAAGUACAUCAGGCAUGGUUAAAAUUCCAUCGACCAAUUCUCUAUCAGCACCAGGUAUGAUUAAAUACCCUGCUAUCAAUCCAUCUACUUCAUGGACUUCAAAAUCUGCCAACUUUGUAAGACAGGCUGUUAAUCCAAAACAGACUCUAGCACCACUUCAAUCAAUGUAUAAUAAUACAGCAAAACAGAACAUCAUCUUCGUAGAACCAACCAAGGGUUCUGCUAAACAGCUGGUAUACGUCCAGCCUAAACCUCACAAUGUACCCAUGAUGAGUUCUGUUCCUCCUAGUCAGCAGGCUAGAAAUCCAUUGAACUGGACCAACGUAACGGCUAAAAAUGUACCAUUUAUCACUGACCAGCUGAUGCAGUCAACUAAUGAAUUACUCAGCUUGUUAAAAUCUGUCAGAAUUAAUGUACAGGGUUCUAGCAAUGCUUUAUCUAAUAUUGCCUUCGAGGGAAGAAUGACUGCUAUAACUUGUAUGAAAAGUGGAGUGGAUUUAUUUCUUGGACAGUUAUCGAGUAUUGUUGGAACUGACAUUGUACAGACCAAUGCAUCUAAAAUGCUAGCUCCUGCAGUCCCAUCUCAGACAUCACAAACUGCUGGAGUUAAAUUAACUGGAGGUAACAGCUCAUUGAUAAGUACAUCAGAAAAAGAUUUGAUUGUGUUAGAUUCAGACGAAAGCAGAAUGGAAGUGGAAGAAAUAACUGAUAGUGACAAGGGCAAUAACUCUGAAAAAGAUACAGCAAGUUGUGAUAUAAUAAGUAUUGAUAGUAAAGAUGUUAAAGACAAAUCAAAUGAUAUAGACAAAAAUGAGAAAAAAGAGGAAUCUUUAACAAAUGGAGAUAAGAAUGUUGAAAUGAUAUCAGAAGACAAAACCUCUGAUCAAUCCAAAGAAUCAGAGGACUCUAAAAAAUCUAAAUCAGAUGAAACCAAGUCUGAUGUCCCUCAAAAGUCAGAAAAGAAAAAUGACAAAGAAUCUGACUAUGAGUCAUCAACGGAAGCUGAAAAUGAUGCAGCACAUCUAGAAUUACUGCAGGAAUUACAGGAACUUUCAGGUGCUGUAGAGGAGAAUAAGGAAGAGGAAAAAUCGAAGGAUAAAAAAGAGGGCAAGCAAAAAAAUGAAAAGAAGGAAGGUGAAAAAUCGAAGGACAAAAAAGAGGGUAAGCAAAAAAAGGAAGAGGAAAAAUCCAAGGAUAAAAAAGAGGGCAAGCAAAAAAAGGAAGAGGAAAAAUCUAGGGUAAAAAAAGAGAGCAUUGAAAAGAAUGGGAAAAUGGAAGAUGACAAAUCCAUUAAUAAGAAUGAAAGUAGUGAUGAUGAUUCAAGCAGUGGUAGUGAAAGUGAUGAUGAAGAUUCUGAUAAUUCUAAAGAUUCAGAUUUUAAUGUUAAAUCAGAAAGGAGAACGAGAAGAUCGGACAAGAAAGCGGCAGAGAAAAAGAAAUUCCAGGACCUUAGGAAUAAAAGAAAGGAAAGGGAAAGAUCUGCAAAGAAAAAGGCAAAAAAAGAUAAAAGGAGAAAAGGAUCUGAUGAAUCUGACUUUAAUGAUGAACUUGAAGAUGAAAUCGAAAAGUUGGAAAAAGACCCUGUGAUAAAGAAAGAAAAAGGAAAAAAAGAAAAAGAUGACAAAGGAAAGUCUAAAAAGGAAAAAAAGACAGAAAAAAAGAAAGAUGAAAAAUCUAUAAAAGAAAAGAAGAAAGGCACAGAUUUAGAUGAUUUGAGUUCAACAGAGGAAGAUAAUGUUGAGGAAGAUGAGGAGGAGGAGGACAAGGAAAAUGAAGAGGUCCCUAUGGAUGCAGAUGAUGAUGAUGCUACAGAAGAUCUCAGUGGUGCUGAAAAUGAAGAUGAAGACGUAGUGGAUGACAGUAGUGACUCGGAAAUAGUUCUGUCACCAAGGAAAAAGAAAAAAGGUGAUAAAAAGAAAGGAAAGACAGAAUCAGGCAGUAACACAGAGGAAGAAGAAGUAAUUCCACCAAAGAAAAAGAGAUUGAGGAGUAGUCUUUUGGAUGCUAAAUUAUCUGACAGCGAAUCAGAUUUUCAACCUCUCAAUAAAAAACAAAAGAAGAGGAAGGCAAGCUCUUCGGAAGACAAAUCAGAUAACAGUUCUGAUUCUGACCAAAAAUUCAUUGCUCUGGGGAAAAAGGGAAAAGGGAAAAACAAGAAAAACCAGAAAAAGAAAGAUGGUACAGGAAAGAAGAGAAAACGGAUAAAGAAAGUAGAUUCAUCUGACGAAGGUGGUGAUGACUCUGCGAAUGAAACAGAAGCUGAGAGUGAUGAAUUGGAGGAGAUGAAAAAUAAGAAAAAAAGAAAAAGGAAAAAGAAAGGAGAGGAAGACUCUGAGGAAGACCAGGAUGAAGACGAUGAUGGAUCACCAAGUAAAGCUAAGAGAAAGGAUAUCAGGAAGUUAAUGUCUAACAAAAAACUCAAGGACUCUACCAAGGCUGCUUCUAGGGCUGAAGAGGAAAGGAGAGCUAGGAUAACUGAAAAACAGAAAAAGUAUAACAACAUAAUCCAGGAAGUAGAUGAGUCUUCACCAACCAAAUGUCCCAUCACCAAACAGCUGAUUUUAGAGAGAGAGGAAGAAACAAACGAACCUAUACUAGAAGUAGACCAAGACCUUGUGGCUAAACUGAAACCACAUCAGGUGGAAGCUGUUGAGUUUUUAUGGAACUGUACUGUAGAAAGUUUAAAGAUGCUUAAAGAAGACAAGACUGAAGGUGCUGGCUGUAUACUGGCUCAUUGCAUGGGGCUUGGUAAAACUCUAUCUGUGAUAGCAUUCCUACAUACAAUGAUGGGUAAUUAUGAGACGACAGAAUUCAGUACAGCCCUUAUUGUCUGUCCAUUGAAUACUGUGUUAAACUGGCAGCAUGAGGUGAAAAUGUGGCUGGAAAAGAAUGAAGUUCAACUUGAGGUUCAUGAACUGGCCAGUGUAAAGGUGAAUGAGAGCCGAGCUAAAAUGUUGGAGGAAUGGCACGAAGAUGGUGGUAUCAUGAUUAUUGGCUAUGAAAUGUUUCGUAAUUUGUCUCAAGGCAGUAAUUGUAAAAACAAAAGAAUAAAAGCAUCCUUUAGAAAGACUCUGGUAGAUCCAGGUCCAGAUUUUGUUGUGUGUGAUGAGGGACAUAUCCUAAAGAAUGAUGCAUCAGCUCUAUCCAAAGCUAUGAUGCAGAUUAAAACCAGAAGACGAAUUGUACUGACUGGUACCCCACUCCAAAAUAAUCUUGUUGAAUACCAUUGUAUGGUAAACUUUGUUAAACCUAACUUAUUGGGAACAAGGAAGGAGUUUCUGAAUCGUUUUGUUAAUCCUAUCACUAAUGGUCAGUGUACAGAUUCUAGUUCUCAUGAUGUCAGACUCAUGAAGAGGCGAGCUCAUAUUCUUCAUGAAAAAUUAGCUGGAUGUGUACAGAGAAAAGAUUACUCUGCAUUAACAAAAUACUUGCCACCCAAACAAGAGUAUGUGAUAGCUGUUAGACUGGCUAACGUUCAGUGUGAUCUGUACAGUAAAUAUCUAGAAAUAGGUGGUUACUCUGGACCUGGGGACAUGGGAAAAUCUAAAGGAGCCAAACUAUUCUCUGAUUACCAGGCUCUGAUGAGGAUAUGGACACAUCCAUGGGUUUUAAAGAUGGCUGAAGUUAGACAAGAAAUGAAGAACAUGUUUGAUGAUGAGUCCUCUUUCAUUGAUGACACAUCAUCGUCUGAAUCAGAAUCUGAGGCCAAGUCAACAUCAGCUGCAGGUUCAGCAUCAGAUAAUUCAUUUAAUAGUGGCAGUGAUGAGGAGAAAAAGAAAAAGAAAGGAAAGAAGGAGAGUGAAGAAGAACCUGCUAAAGAAUCAUUUGCUGGAGAAAUUGUGAAGAAGUGGAAAACAAGAUCCAGAGGAGAAUACAAUGAUGAUGAUUUUGAGAGAUUGGACAAAAUAGAGACGCCAUUUUCUACUGGCUGGUGGGCUGACUAUGUUAAGGAGGAAGAUCAGUUUAAAAUGGAACUUGGCGGGAAACUUAUGUUGUUGUUUGAAAUACUGAGAAUGUGUGAAGAGAUUGGUGAUAAAGUGUUAAUAUUUAGUCAAAGUCUGCUAUCCCUAGACCUUAUAGAGGCCUAUUUAGAUCAUGUAGACUCUCAAUAUGAUGAAUUACUAAACAAUAAAGAUAAAGAAAAGAAGGAGGAGGAUAAAGAAAAAGAUGACAAGAAAGAAGAAGAAAAGGAUAAACCUGAAAGUGCCAAUACAGAUGAGAUGUUUGGAAAGACAUGGUUGAAAGGUCAGGAUUAUCUGAGGAUGGAUGGUUCAACAUCAGCUCCUUUGAGGGCUGAUAUGGCAAAAAACUUCAAUAAUCCAGACAAUUAUAGGCUAAGACUGUUUUUGAUAUCUACAAAAGCUGGAGGACUUGGUAUAAAUCUUGUAGCUGCCAAUCGUGUUAUUAUUUUUGAUGCAUCGUGGAAUCCAUCACAUGAUGUCCAGUCUAUAUUUAGAGUUUACAGAUUUGGUCAGACAAAACCAGUUUAUGUUUAUAGAUUCCUUGCACAGGGUACAAUGGAAGAAAAAAUCUAUGAAAGACAGGUAACAAAGCAGUCUUUAUCCCAGCGUGUGAUCGACGAGCAUCAGAUUGAUAGACAUUUUGAUUCUAAUGAUCUUAGAGAAUUAUACAUCUUCAAACCAGACAGACUAGACGAUCCUAACCGUACAGAAAGACCAACACCAGCACUGCCAAAGGACACACUAUUGGCAGAAUUAUUGACCAAUAAGAAAGAUUGGAUAGUAGGUUAUCACGAGCAUGAUUCAUUGCUUGAGAACAAGAUUGAUCAGGAGUUAUCUGAAGAGGAAAGGAAAGCUGCCUGGGAGGAGUUUGAGAAUGAAAAGAAAGGCCUUAUCAACACAGUACAACAGAGAGUCAUGGGAAUGCCAAAUCCAAACUUCCACUAUCAAUUUGGUGCUCCAGGUAUGCCUGGAAUGGGAGGAAUGUCUCCACAGCUGAACCAAGAAAACCUUCUAAGAAUUGUCCAGGAAAUGAAGUCUAAGUUCCCACACUUACCACAGGAACAGUUGACCAUGCAGGUACAGAAUGUGAUACGAAACAUGAUCUCACGGCAAAUACAACAACAACAAUGGGAACAACGCAGACAGUUAGAGCAUAGAGAACUUCAGCAACAACAACAGUUACAACAGCUGCAGAAUCGUAUCAUGAUGCAGCAGAACCAAUUGAGAAUGCAACAACAAGCGCCAGGACGAGGCAUGAACAUGCCACUCAGUGGAAUCCAACCACCAACAUCAUCAGCAUCCUCAUCACGAUCAUUGUUAGCAAGCACAUUAAUGAAUGGGAAUUCACAAAAUCAACCAAGUACUUCAAAGAAGAAGAGUUGAUGGCGGUGAACCAUAGCUCUCUGACUAUAAUUGCUGUAAAUUGACAUUGGACAGUAAAUGGUGUGAUUUGGGUGUAGAUUGUUGAGUGAUGUGAUGAAAUAAGUUCAACAAGCUACUAGAUUGUACUUGGAAAACUUUAAUGUGUCUCAGUGUACAAAUUUUAAGAUUGCAAACGAGAAUUGAUCGUUGGCACAAAUCAUUGUUCAUUUUCAUCAUGAAUGUUAUAGAGGCCAUCUGACAUUAUGCUUCUGUCAAGUAUCAGUUGUAUUGUGAUCAACUGUGUUAAUGUAAUGUUUGUGCUUUUAAUAUGCUAAAUAAUGUUCAAAAUAAAAGGAGGGGGAACCUCAUUGAUAUUGUACAAUUCUAUUUCAUAAAUAAUACCAGAUUUUCCAUAUCUGUAUUGUGAUUUAAAGCUGUUUUAAUUUGUGAGGUGUACUUGAUUUAUCAAUGAGAGUUUUAUAAGGUAGCAGUUAUUUUUUUUUUUAAAUGUCUUCAGUUGUUAAUUUAAGACAAACAUACAAAUUGGUAUUCAAUGAAAAAAGUGUUAAAGAUGAAAUAGAAUAUUUGUCUAUCAGUACAUGUAAAAUGAAAUAAUCUGUUAAUCUGAAUGUAAAUAAUUGGUGAAAUUUACAGUUUACAUUUGUUUAUGUCUUCCAUGAUCAUACAUGUGAUAAUGAUGGAAUGUAAACAUGUUCACUGUAAAGUCUUAAGAUUCAUUGGCAAAGCAAAGUUCUGAUUUCUUAUAAAAGAUUCUGGCAUCGCCACAGACAUAUGUCAGUAUUGAAGGAUGUUUGUUAAUUUUUGGUCAAAUGUUUUUGUAUAGAAAGGCUGGUAUUGGCCAAGUUUUGGGUAUGUUUUUGUUGUGGGCGGGUGCUGCAGAUAGACAGAACUACAUUUUUCGUGUCCAAAAACAACUUCCUUUCACCCUGAAAUUAGACUUUUAAUUUAUAUAAAAAAAACGAGACGUGGUAUGAUUGCCAAUGAGACAUCUAUCCACCAUAGUCCAAAUGACAUGGAUGUAAGCAUUAUGUUCUUUGUACCCCCCUUAACCUACGGGAUAUGUAUUGGGGUGGGAAACUGAUGACUAACAAUCUAUUAAUUAAAUUAUUCCUUUGAUUAUUUAAAUAAACAAACAUUUUUACACUCCUUUAUGGUGUGCUAAUUUUUAGUUAGUUUCUAUUUAAUUUUUAUUUUUGUGUCUUUUUAUUACCAUUGUAAAGCUUGAUGCUUUAUAUAAAGUGUGGUGCUUCAUUAUGUACAUAGUAUUUAAUAUUGUAAAGUUAUAAUUAACUGGUACCUUGUCCCAUUGUAUACCAGUAUAAUGUCAAAUUAUCAACAUUUCAAACACUAUGGACCCUUUAUUUUAAGUGAGUCAAUAUAAAGGACCGAAAUCAUUUUCAAAACCUUGGGUCUUUCUAAUGUAACCAUGGUUACAGAAUCAAUCCAUUGUUAUAGGCUUAGAAUGUUAUAAUAUGAUGUGUCUGUCCGUCAUGUCUUUUGUUUUGUUUUUCUUUUCAUUUCUUUGUUUCCAUUCUUGUAGUAUACACUUUAAAAUUUUAAAUUCUGAUGUAGAAAAUUACAAAAACUUGAUGGUAAAUUUGACCUCAAAAAUAUUUAUUUUUCAUAUUGAAAUUGGUGUUAAAUGGUUAUAAUAACUUAAUUAUGGAGACAACUUUAAAAAAAAAUUGGAUUGUUGGUGAAACAAAUAAGAUCCUGAAUAUUUUUGGACAGAUAUUUCUUUGGUUAUAUCAAUAUUACUUAACUUUUUAUUUAGUGCUAAAACAUGGACAACAAAUACACUUUGUUUUGUAUCACCUGUUUUAUUUUAUAAUUUUGAGAAAUAAACCCGAUCUACUUGAGAUGUUUCUUGUUAUGAUGGGGUAACUUGGUUAUUUUCUGUAGUAGUCUUUACUCAUUGUGUUAAUAAAAUGGAAUAUUUAACUAUCUUGUCAUUAAAACAGAAGUAUCCAUCA